AUGAGAUCGUCUAGUACUACUCUGCUUCCAUUCCUGUUUUUGAUCUUUGUAUCCUCGAUUCUCUCUCUUUACUCGGAGAAGGAAGUUGAGGAGGCCUUUGUGGCGAAUAGACUUCAUUCUCACGCCCCUGAUGCAGACCUGCCACCAACCAGAGAGUCAUAUUCAAGGAAAUCUUCUGGUCGAUAUUCGCUUCGAUCCUCUGGCAGAGAUUUAUUCCCGACCGCAGAGACAAGUUCCCAGACGGCCUUUGUGGCGAAUAGACUUCAUUCUCACGCCCCUGAUGCAGACCUGAAACCAACGAUAGAGAAGGCAGCAGACCCAUCACCGGCAAGUGCCAACGGAAAAAAUUGGAAUAUCUAUUACGAGAUCGCCCCCAAAGUGUUAGAUCUGAAUAACCACAUCCCUGUCAUCAAGGCACUGGCACAGGCGGUCAUACGAUUAGGAACAUCAUUUCCUUCGAAAAAGUACACUCAUCAAGGAUUAGAAGAAAAUAUAGUGCCGUAUAUUGACUUUGCUCAUAGUGCUCUUAAGCUGGAGUCAUUGGGACUGAGGGAAAGGAUCUGGAUGGUGGGUGUCUUGUCGUGCCUUAAAUACCAGCCUCUGGGAGAGAUACUUGUGAAGAUGUGGUCUGAUUUUCAUACCGACUCAGAUCUUUCAGACCAAGAUAAUGUUGUCUGGGAAGCACUUCAAAGAGCAUCAUUAUCAGAUUCGAUUCUACACCAGAUGAGAACUUCUACGAGAGCUCCAUCAAUAGGAUCCGAAGGGAUUCGAGAAUCAUUUCUUCGUUUGAAAACCCCCAUCGAUGAUGAAAGGGCUUCAAAAUUCACAGAUGAUGUCGUAGUUCACCUUGCUAAGAUCCUCAGUUCCCCGAGGAAAGCCGGCGCCCUCGAUGAAGGAAAGGUCAUGGUUCAAUUCUUAUUACAUAUGCAGGAGAAUCACCUCCAGAGCAGACUCAAGGUUCUAAAAUUAAUACGAAAACACCAAAUUGGUAAAGGAGUUCAUGAUGUUGACAUUCGACUUCAGCUUGCAGAAAAUCCACUGGGUUCUCCAUCAUACGGACUUUACAGCUUAUUGAAGAAUAUACGAAAUCUCGAUAUUGAGGAAUUAAACCCAGCCUUGAAAGCAAUGCUUGACCAAGAACUUUCGAUACACCAGUGGGGAAAGCUUCUCAGAAUUUUGGAAGUGUCGAACACAAUUAAUACAGAAAUUUAUAGCAGAAUGGAUGCAUUACUUUCUGACUCGGAGGAGAUCACUAUGAAAUUCGGAAGGAUCGUACAAAAGCUUUACCCUGCAAGAGCGAAUCUCAGUUUCUUCAGCCCACCAGGAAUUUUGACUCUGAUCUCAAAACGGGCUCAAGAUCUCAAAGAGGCCAUUCUUAGGAAAGAACUUGAGGAGAGACUUGUCUCGGAAGGAAUGUUGUCAGCUCAAAUUAUGGAGCCGCCUUCAGAGGUUUUAAUGUGGAAUUUUAAAGGAGAUAGAAUUCCAGAGUUGAGACUUUAUUUAGAAACAAUAUUCCACCAGAUUAUGUCAAGAGAAGUGAAUGAGCUCAAGUCAAGUGACACCAUCAUUGAAUAUAUUUUACGAUUAAUCUCUCUCAAAAACGAUGAUCAAAAACUUAUUGGAAUGCUAUCUAACCAAUUUGCCUUCAAAAUUCUUUCCUCGCGUGCUGUCAAAAUGAUCAAAUCAGCACGCAAAAAGUUAGCACGACAGACUUUUGAAUCCUAUCUUCAAAAGUUUGAAGAGGACCUCCUUGAAGACUUUGAAAAGGUUCUGGUUCUGCAGGUGGUUCAUCAGGGCACAGAUGCUCCCAGAUUUGUUCAUGAAUGA